AGCAAGACAGUCGGUCUGUACGUCGAGGGAGCCAUGUUGAUGCCUGUUUUUAUGUCAAACGGUACACUUUGGAUGGUUAAAGGACUGCGUCUAAAAGACGGAAAGCCCGAGCGGUGAUUUUGUUGUCGUUUUCCUUUUCAAACCGCGAUGAGAAGAGAGGACCGGACCGGAACGGCGCAUAGCGUGCUCGAGGAGAGCUGGUUUUAGGUCACUGGGCAGCUGAUUCAAAGCAAAUGAAGUUGAUGCUAGUUAGCUUGCUAGCCAGGUAGCAACAGCUGUGCGGACGCUGCGUGGGAUGCGGCUUUUUUUGAGGGGGGGCUCUUAGCUUCUCGCCUUGUUGCAUUUCGCCGAGCGGACGCUAACCGCAGUGUCGGGGACACACUCGCUCAAAAGCGACGACGAGACCGUUGAAGUCGGCUCCGGCUCCGUGGAGACAUGGCUCUGUAACGCUAAGCUAACGUUAGCAUGCUGACAUCCAGUCCGCAUCUCUCGUCACGACUGUUCGCUGGCUGACGAGUGGAGGGGGUUCUAGCUCGUCGCGUCUCCUGGCCACCGGUGUUAAGGUGGGGGUAAAGCCGCUUUAACGAGCCGGGCAGAAUUAUGGUGGUGAAUUCCGUCUCCGGGCCAAACUACCCGAUCGCCUUCGCCGCCUGCGGAUGAGCAGCUAACGGGGCUUUAGCAGCGGAACUUUGCUCCGGCGGGGCGUCUCUCACGGGCUUGCGGAGCACCUCUUCUGCUCGUUAGCCGAGCCUUUCACCUGCAGCAAGCUGGCGGCCCUCCGGGUAGAAGCCGAGGACAAGGAGCUGGGGCCCAUGGCCUGGGUGCUGAAGAUGGACGACGCCGCCAUCGAGUCGGGGCUGGUGCACGACUUCGACGCUAGCCUGUCUGGCAUCGGGCAGGAGCUCGGGGCUGGCGCUUACAGCAUGAGCGAUGUGCUGGCCCUGCCCAUCUUUAAGCAGGAGGACUCCAACCUUCCACCUGAAAGCAAGACCAAAAACCCCCCAUUCCAGUACGUGCUGUGUGCCGCCACCUCGCCUGCUGUCAAGCUGCACGACGAGACGCUUACAUACCUGAACCAAGGCCAGUCUUAUGAGAUCCGAAUGUUGGACAACAGGAAAGCAGGGGAGUUGCCAGAGCUCAACAACCAGAUGGUGAAGAGCACCGUGCGGGUAGUGUUUCACGACCGGCGGCUGCAGUACACGGAGCACCAGCAGCUGGAGGGCUGGAGGUGGAAUCGUCCCGGGGACCGCCUCCUUGACAUCGAUAUUCCCAUGUCGGUGGGCAUCAUCGAGCCCAAGACUCACCCCUCCCAGCUCAACGCUGCAGAGUUUCUGUGGGACUUGAACAAAAGAACUUCUGUUUUCGUGCAGGUGCACUGCAUCAGCACGGAGUUCACUCCCAGGAAGCAUGGCGGAGAGAAGGGCGUCCCCUUCAGGAUCCAGAUCGACACGUUCACCCAGGGAGACGGUGGGGAAUACACAGAGCACCUCCACUCCGCCUCCUGUCAGAUUAAAGUCUUUAAGCCAAAGGGUGCGGACCGUAAACAGAAGACGGACAGGGAGAAGAUGGAGAAGCGUACCCCUCAGGAGAAGGAGAAGUACCAACCUUCCUAUGAUACCACUAUCCUAUCAGAGACGAGGCUUGAGCCCAUCAUAGAAGAUUCGGGCGACCAUGAGCUGAAAAAGUCCAGCAAGCGGACACUUCCCGCUGAUUGUGGCGACUCCUUGGCCAAAAGAGGCAGUUGCUCCCCAUGGCCAGACGCCGCCUACACCAGCACCAGCCAGGCAGCUACCCCCUCCUUCUCCUCCCCCCCACUGUCCACCUACACAACCUCCUCCGUGCUGGACAGUGACUCAUCCUCCCCCAAUCACCAAGCGGAUCCUGGUGGCCAUGGCAACUCAGAGCAGCUGAGCCCCACUGCCUCCAUACAGGACGCCCAGAAGUGGCUGUUGAAGAACCGCUUCAGCUCCUACACUAGACUCUUCUCUCAUUUCUCAGGUUCUGAUUUAUUGAAGUUAACCCGGGACGACCUGGUCCAGAUCUGUGGGCCAGCCGAUGGGAUCAGACUCUUCAAUGCACUCAAAUCCAGGUCGGUGCGUCCCAGACUGACGGUGUACGUCUGUCAGGAGUCUCCUCAGGGGAGCCCUCUGCUGGAGAGACACUGCACAAUUGAAAACGGAGAACACCAGAGCUCUGCCAGUUUACACGUGUACCACGCUCUGUACCUAGAGGAGCUCACGGCUGCAGAGCUCAUCCGCAAGAUCGCGUCGGUGUGCGGCGUUCCCUUGGGAAGGAUCCACCAGGUGUACAGGCAGGGUCCGACAGGCAUACACAUCCUGCUAAGCGACCAGAUGGUUUACAACUUGUCUGACGAGAGCUGUUUUUUGAUCAGCACCGUCAAAGACGAGUUGGGCGAAGGACUUCAUCUAAUCUUGAAGUAGUGAGGAGCACAGAUGGCGUCACUAAUACUCCACCCUCUGCGUUGAAACAGAAGCCUCCUUCUGUCGCUCGGCAUCCUCCUCGUCUCUCUUUAACGACCGCUCGACAGACAGCAGAGUGACUGUGCUGAAGCCGUGUAAAUGUUAGAAUCUGACAUGGGUGUGUCCACUGUUUCAUAUUGAAAACAUUAUUAAAGAUGAAGGAGUUCGGCUAGAAGCAGAGAUCGGGGAGGACUUGAGAUCAGGGGGGUAGUUGACAUUGUUCUAUGUAUUUUGAUUUUAGAUAAUUUUUUUUUUUUAGUUUUUUGUUUUUUUUAUAUGGUUUCUGUGUAGAGAUGGGAGGGUGGAGGCUUCAAGGGAGAGGGGGGGUGGAUGCUCUGGCAUGCAAGAGACGGGAGGAAGAAAAAGAGUCACCUUAUUGCUUGUUGCCCUUCCUAAAAUAGCCGGAGUUAGGCCAGUAUUUGAUGAAACUGUACUGCUGAACAGCAUGCAAUCCAUACCAAGUUGCUUGAAUGAGAAACUCGGCUCACUCUGCUUACUUAACGUUGUAUGACGGGGAUGUCUUAAUUAACUUUUUAUCUAAUUGGCUGAGCGUGCUAACUCAGAAUAUUCAGGGUAAAUGAGUGGAAGUGCUCUCAUUUUUUGGCUUUUUUUUUUUUUUUUUCCUAAGAGAAAAUGAAUUUAUCAGCUCUAGUCACAUAGUCUCACACUACGUGAUUCAAACUUACAGCCAUAUCUCUGUCGACGUAGCGUCUCGCUCAGCUAACGUGCGUCCAGCAUGUCCUCCUAUUUUUUUUAUUUUUUUUUAUUUUUUAUUUUUUCCAGUUGAUGCUUUAUUUAUGAGUCGGCUCUUUCUGUUGCUCUUAAUGCAUUUACUCUCUAUCUGGUGCCAUAACGGCUCUUCAGCUUGGCUUUUUAUUCAAAUAUAUACACAGAGCACAUGCAAAGCAUUAAUUGACUCCUCUGUUUUAUUAAAACACUGGUUUUUGCAGAUUUAUGACGAGAGGACUUUGGAAAUUGGUAGAUUAAAAACCCCUUGACGAUGCUACCCAGUGGAGCAUUAGUGCCUAUCAAAAAAAAAAAAAAAAACUUUAUUGUGGACCAAACAGGCAACUGAUUGAUAGGUGUGUUCUGAGAGGAAAUGAACCACAGCGAGUCUUGAAGAUGUGCAAAUUUAAAGCGCUAGAGCUGGUUGGUUGGGGGGGGGGGUGCUUUAAAGCAGCAAAUUAGCAUGGUAGCUGAACCCUUGAUUCCAGAUCUAUUUAUACUGUAAACAUGCAGCAGGUGAGGCAUACAGCUUACAUCAAAAUAAUGGAAAUCAUCGAAAAAUAAUUUUAAGUCAUAUAAUUGAAAAGGUGAAACUCGUAUAGAUCGUUGCACAGACUGAUUUUAGUGUUUGGUGCAUUUUGAUGAUCGUGGCUAAAUAUUGAUGACAAACCUGUAGUUGAGUUUGUCAGAAACAUGGAAUACUACAUCGGACCGUGACUUUAUUUUAAGUCCAGAAAUGUGGAGGCCUGUGCAAUUCAGGUUAAAAAGGUUCUAGCUUGAUGUUUAUCUAGCGGAAAGUCGUUGACAGCCACAAAAAGCAGACUCUUCAGAGGGCUGCAUCCAAACAUAUUCACAGAAAGUUAAGUGGAAGGAAAAAAAAGCGAGAUUUGAGUUUGCCUCAAAUCGUCACUGACUAUGGAGACUUUACAAUGAACCUAAAGCAUCUAAGUUUCUCUGCUUCUCCAUUCUUCCUCCAGACUCUGGGACCCUUUUUUUUUUUUUUUUAAACCAAAUUAAAUGCAAAAUUUACUUUGAUAGGAAAAGAGAGCUUUGGACCAGUAAGCAACACUCCAGUCCUCUUUCCUCAGCCUGGCAACUUCUGUCGUUUCCCCUGGCUUAAUGUUGGCUAAACACAAGGAAUGGGACAGUUGUGCUUCAUCUCCUAGGUACAUCUGUGCGUGAUUAUCCUCAAAGCAGCGACUCCGGCUGCAGUCAACACCUUAAGAGGUUUUGAUUAUCUUUGGUAUGCACAAUUUUUCCUUCCACUCAACUUUCCAUCAAUACGCUCAGAUGCAACACUCUAUGAACAGCCAGCUUCUUAAGCAAUGACCCGUCGAGGGUCUCUAGGACAUGGCUGUGGGGACCAUAAAACGGCCGUAACAUUACGCCUGGUGAAAUUAGCCUUGUUGUAUUUUACCUUUUUUUUUUUUUUAGAGAAUUUGAAUUUUGUGGUUUCAGUAGAGUGGAAGCCUUAAGAAUAACAGAAACAAAGGCUUACAAACGUGUCACUCUUGUCAAACGAACCAGCGUUUCGCUUUUUGAAUUUAGUUACUGGCCUAAACGACGUUUUCCAUGAUAUUCUAAAUAAUUGCGAUGCUCCUGUAAUGCAGCGGGGCGGUGGUAACGUACCAAAAUGCCACAUCAUUCUCCAAAACUUGGUGUUUUUAGCCUAGCACAGAAAAUACAGGUCAUGUUUUUGGAGUGGCCUUAUUUUGGGGGGGGGGGUAAAAAAAAGAGGUAAAAGGAAACUUCAAGACUGUGGGUGGAGACGGGGACGGCUCUGCUUUGGUUCCAGUUGAUCCGUUUCGGCUUUUUUUUUUUUUUUUUACUUUUUUUUUUUUUUGGAGAGGUUUACAUGUCAAGGUGUCAGAAUGUGUGUGCAUGUGUAUCAUUUUGUUUCAUUAUGUCAAACUGCUUUUCUGUUAGUAUAAGACGUUGUUUAGCUUGCUACCUUUUUAGUGAAGAGCAUGUGGAUUUUUGGGAGACAGAUAAAUUUGUCAGUGAGUGUAUCCCCUCUUCCCUCCAUCCCUGCCCCCCGUUAUUUUUCCGUACAUUAGAGACCAAGCCUGCACUGAAGAGAAUCACAAACUUCUAGCUUGAUGUGUAGUCAGUAGUCCUACAGACCCCCCCCCCCCCCCCCCCCCAAACACACCCACCCACCCUUUUCUUACUAGGAGGUCGACAGAUAAAACUCUUAAGGCUUUGAAAGCAGCUGUUUGUGUCUCGACAUGCACCAGAGCCAGGACUGUAGCUCUUGAGGCGUUUACACGGACACGAGCGCUACAGCAGAGAAACCUGUGUUCAUCAACUCGUAACAUUUAUAAGAAUAGAGUGGAUGUAAAAAGAAAUGAAAAAAAGUUUUAGUCUGCUGAAGGACUGACUGACCCGCCCGUCUGCCCAUCGGUGUGAGCACGAGCAGGAAAGAGGUGACCACUGUUAACCCGAUGCUUCUCAUGUGCACAGUAUCAUAUGCUGGAGAUGUACACAACCACAUGUGCUGGGAAUAAAAUAAUUUCAUAACUUUG